UCAACAUACAAGUCCCUUUUCAAUAAACACCUUCUCCACCUUCUCCAUCUUCAUCACCAUCUCCUUCUCCAUCUCCAAACCCUAACCCUAAUCCCACCUCCAUGCACUGAUCUCCAUCUCCACUCUUCCAAUUGAGAUCUCCACCAUGCUUCCCACUCUUCUCCUUCUCACCCUCUCCCUCACCUCCAUCUCUGCCCAGAACUCCUCCUUCUCCGAACCCUACGACCCACGGGACGUCAUCCUCCUCAACUGCGGUGCCUCCUCCGCCGACAACGACUCCGACGGCCGGCAAUGGUUCGGUGACUCCGGAUCUAAGUACGCUCCCUCCCUCUCCUCCCCAGGCUCUACUCCCAGCUCCCAAGACUCCUCCGUCCCCCGUGUCCCCUUCCUUACUGCUCGCCUCUUCUCCUCCGCCUUCACCUACUCCUUCCCUCUCGGCGCCGGUCGCAAGUUCCUCCGCCUCUACUUCUACCCCUCCAACUACUCCUCCACCGCUUCCGCCGCCGCCGGCGUCUUCUCCGUCACCGCCAGUCCCUCCACCGUCCUCUUCUCCAACUUCUCCGCAUCCCAGACCGCCGACGCCCUUAACUUCGCCUACAUCAUCCGUGAGUUCUCCCUCAACGUCUCCUCCAGCGGCCUGAACCUCACUUUCACCCCCUCCCCCUCCGUCCACAACUCCUACGCCUUCAUCAAUGGCAUCGAGAUCGUCUCCUCCCCUGACCUCUUCACCAACACCCCUCUCCUCGUCGCUGGCGGCACUCCAAUCACCUACCCCAUUGAACCAGACUGGGCUCUUCAAACCAUGUACCGUCUCAACGUCGGCGGCCAAUCCAUCUCCCCCGUCGCCGACUCAGGCCUCUUCCGCUCUUGGGACGACGACUCCCCUUACAUUUACGGCGCUGGUAUCGGCGUCACCACCUCCGCCGAUCCCAAUGUCUCCAUCCACUACACUGUCAGUCUCCCGGAGUACAUCGCCCCUGAUGACGUCUACUCCACGGCGAGAACCAUGGGGCCGGAUCCCUCCGUCAAUCAACAGAGCAACCUCUCAUGGAUCCUCACCGUCGAUGCCGGCUUCUACUACUUGCUGCGAUUCCAUUUCUGUGAGAUCAUCUACCCUUUCACAAAGGUCAACAUGCGAGCCUUCGACAUCUACGUCAACAACCAGACGGCGCAGGUCGGCGCCGACGUGAUCGCUUGGUCCCACGGCAUCGGCAAUCCGGUGUACCAAGACUACGUUGCCAUUGCUCAAGGCUCCGGUCAGAGCGAUCUCUGGGUUGAGCUCCAUCCAGACAGCUCCCUUAAACCUCAGUACUACGACGCCAUCUUGAACGGCCUCGAAGUUUUCAAGAUCCAGAGCAGCAAUGGCAGUCUCGCCGGAGCCAACCCCGUUCCCCUCCCGGAACCCGACGUUGAUCCCAGCAAGGUCCUCAUCCCGGCGAAUCACGGAUCAAAAAGCAAUGCCCCCGCCAUCGCCGGAGGGGUCGUUGGAGGUCUCGUGUUUCUCGGUUUCAUCUUGUUCUUCUGUCUGUGCUGCCACCGCCGCCGCCGGCAGCCACCAAAGGACGGGAAGAACUCCGGCGCCAGCGACGGUCCAUCCGGCUGGCUCCCUCUCUCUCUUUACGGCAACUCCCACUCCGCCGGCUCAGCAAAGACGACAACAACCGGCAGCUACGCCCCAUCUCUCCCUUCCAACCUCUGCCGCCAUUUCUCCUUCGCCGAGAUCGAAGCCGCCACCAAUGGCUUUGACGAAGCCCUCCUUCUCGGCGUCGGCGGCUUCGGUAAAGUCUACAGAGGCGAGAUCGACGGUGGCACAACCAAAGUCGCCAUCAAACGUGGCAACCCUCUUUCCGAACAAGGCAUCCAUGAAUUCCAAACUGAGAUCGAGAUGCUCUCCAAGCUCCGGCACCGCCACCUCGUCUCCCUCAUCGGCUACUGUGAAGAGAACUGUGAAAUGAUCCUCAUUUAUGACUACAUGGCUCAUGGCACUCUCCGGGAACACCUCUACAAAACUCAGAAGCAACCUCUUCCAUGGAGACAACGCUUAGAGAUCUGCAUUGGCGCUGCUCGCGGCCUGCAUUACCUUCACACUGGCGCCAAGCACACCAUCAUCCACCGAGACGUCAAGACAACCAACAUCCUUCUCGACGAGAAAUGGGUUGCCAAGGUCUCUGAUUUCGGCCUUUCAAAGACCGGCCCGACAUUGGAUCAUACUCAUGUUAGCACUGUCGUCAAGGGAAGCUUUGGUUAUUUAGACCCCGAGUAUUUCCGGCGACAACAGCUUACCGACAAAUCGGAUGUAUACUCUUUCGGUGUCGUCUUGUUCGAAGUCCUCUGUGCUCGGCCUGCUCUCAAUCCAGCUCUACCAAAAGAGCAGGUCAGCUUGGCUGAAUGGGCAUUGCAUUGCCAGAAGAAAGGCAUUCUUGAUCAAAUCAUUGAUCCUUAUCUCAAAGGAAAGAUUGCUCCUCAAUGCUUCAAGAAGUUCGCGGAAACAGCCGAGAAGUGUGUCUCUGACCAGGGCAUUGAGCGCCCGUCCAUGGGCGAUGUGUUGUGGAACCUUGAGUUUGCUUUGCAGUUGCAGGAGAGUGCAGAGGAGAGUGGCGCACUUGCUGGUAAGGUCUCCGAUGAUGGUGAAAUCUCGCCGUUGUUGAUGCCCGGAAAGAAAGACCCCAAUGAUAUCGAUUCGAGGAGUAUCGAGAUUAGUACUAGUACCACUACUACCACCACGACGAUGAGCAUCGGUGGCCGGAGUCUUGCAAGUGAGGACUCUGAUGGGCUUACUCCCAGUGCUGUGUUCUCUCAAAUAAUGAAUCCGAAAGGAAGGUGAAAGGGAGAGUCUUCUUUGCAUUGGUAUGUAUGUUCAUGUUUUUUAAACAAGAAAAAAACACUACUUUUGGUUCUUGUUCUUUCAUUAUAUUUAUGCAUUAUAUAUAUUUGAUGAGUUUGAGUUUUCUGGUUGUAAACUUGUAAGGAUUACUGAAAACUUCUGGCUGUUGCAAUGGUUAUGGUUGUAAAUUUUCAUGUUUAUAUGCUACAUGCUUGCUGAUCAUGUAGCCAUUCUUUGAUUACCUAGUGUUGUUGGUUC